CGCUGCUGAACUUUUGCUCCCUAGCCUAAGUUAAGUAAACAAAGCUAAGCUCUACACUUGCACCACCUACAGACUGAAUAAAAGAGGGGACGAUCGCUCGACUCUAAGUAGUAAAAUUUUCGCAGUCCUCGUUAACUUUUGACGAACAGCACAGCUAAGUAUUUUUCUUAAUAUAGAAGACAGAUAGGUAUUUUUCUUGACGAGGCACCAUCGCCAACCCUACCUUUCUAGCAUCAAAGCGCACACGAUGAUGUCUGUGCGAUCGCGGCUGCUCUUCGGCAUUUUCUGUCUCACUGGCCCGUCCCUUGCCGCGGUUGCGGGUCCUCUUGACCUUGAUGAUCCUGUAGUGGCCCAUGUUUGUUCCUUUCUGGCAGAAUUUCCGCUGCACGCCAUUUUUGACGCCGUGUUGACCGGACCACCGGCAUCGGGCCGGGGACCAUCGGCAUCGGGAAACAACUGGCUAACUUUAGCAAAGGACCGAGAACUCUAUGAAAAGGGUGAGCGUCUGAAGGAACACUCCUGGAAACGGUUUUGCCACCUGCUGCUCUACCCCGGUCAGCAGGCAGGCCCCAUUCGCGGUGCUAGUCGCCUCUUUCGCGGUUCUGUGGUCGCGAGCACCCUCCCGGAGAUGGGUUUCGCGACACAGUUGUUAUCCUACGUCGAGCCCGAGAACUUGAGGACCAACGCGGACAGCAGGACGAAGAUAAACUACAAAAAACCAGCGCAGACCCUAGAUGACAGCUUUCGGUAUUUUCUGCAUCUCCUGGAAAACGCACUGCGCGAGCCAGGGCCGCAAGCGCAGCCGUUAUUUAUCCAGCCGUCUGUCGAGCCGCUUCGUCCCCGAUGGAAUCCUGCAUACGCUUAUCCACGUGUCCGGCCGCCGGGGUACAACAUUGACGAUGUUGACCCGAUGAACAACGUGUUUCUUCUGCUCGACCUUCCGGGCCGGAGAUAUGGCGACGGCUUCGGUCGGUUUCGCAUAUUCACAAAGCGUGUGCGGCUUUCGCACGAGGACUUGGACAAGCUAGCAGGCUGGAAAUUAUCAAGUGCAAAAAUGUCUGGGUCUGGAAGAAUGCAUGUUUGUCAUGCUUGUCUGGCAUGACUCUUAAAUCUGUCAGGCACGUUACUUACACAAGAGCUCCAUUUUUCUGUGAUGCAGGAACGCAGUUUGUCAUGCAGAAUAGGCAACACCUAGAAGCUCAGAAACUUAUCAUGCUGAGCCAGCAUUUGUGGCCUCAUCUUGAGACGCCACCCAGCAUCACAAGUUUCCAGACCCGGACACUUUUACAUCUGAUAGAAAUGGAAUGAGGACAACAUAGUGCUUCUUCCCAGUGCUCCGAGCCUCGUCGUGUAUCACACAGAAAAAAGCUGACAGGGCAUAUUUGUAAUGCAAAAAUAAACACACGCAGAUCAGAAACUUGUCACGGGUUGCCCCAUAGCAUGCUGCUUCCGAUAUGCAAUACAGGUUUUUUUGUGUAUUUAGUUUUGCAUUACAAAUGUGCCCUGCCAGCUUUUUUCUGUGUGAUAUCGUGUGUGGAAGAAUCAGGGGUGGUGGUCCGGGUCAGGAGAACCUGUUCUCUCUCGCAUUGGACAUACAGCAACGGACAAACCAGGCGACCUGGUCUUGUUGACCUGUCUCGAUCUGGUCCUGGUGGUUUCUCCUACUUUGGAGUGCCGUUCUACGCCGUUCAUCUACCGCCCGUAGCUCUGUGCAAACGAGAUGUAAAAAGAAGCACUACAGCACGACAAAGAUCGACGCGCUGCAAAGGUAAAGGAGUAGAAGAAAUUACAAUUAGCUCUCACGAAAGUGUAUUAAAAUUGGAAACGUUUUAGCUUUACAACCUGCGUUUAUUUCUAUGGUUUUGGUCAUUACUCGUAGGAUUUUUAAGUAGGUACUGCAUUAAUAUGACUUAGCGGGCUCUGGAUGGAAAGUCUUGCUUUACAGAGGUUCUAUAGGAUUAUAAUGCUAAAAACGUUACGAGUGUUUUUUCGAAUUGUAAUGUCAGUGAGGAUGUUUAUGGUUGACGUGUAAGAUGCAAUUUUUAGAACAGCAACGCAAGCGAAAGGAAAAGUGUGAUGCUAAAAGUUUUUUCGAAAGGUAAUGCAAGAAGAAAAAGAAGGACUGAAAGUAACUGAAAUCUACGAAGCUUAAGGAAACCACUACAGUAGCACCACCCUGAUUUCGUUAUGAUCACGGGCCGGGGUUUCAAAAAAACAUCGAUCAAAAAGUCGAAGGCAUUUUUUACGACCCGGAUCCGUGAUCAACAAGAUUGACUUUUUUUGAAAUUCGCAUGACAGAUCGAGACAUAAGAAGUUCAUUGGCAAAAGUGCGCUUUUCAUGCUGAUCAAAAAGUCGAGUGGUGAUAGAAGAAUUUAGUGCUGUGAAGUUUAGAAAGUUGAAACAAAUCUGCGCUGCGGGGCAGAUAGACGCUGUCGCACCACACAACCCAACUUCACCUCCGCAGACUUUUGUCUUGAAAAACAAGUAUACUUUUCUCUUGGGGCUCGAGCUUUGCAGCCCAGCUCGCUGCAGUCGUGCCACGCGUCGGC